UGAUAUCUCUGCUUUUUAAGAUGCUGUCUAGGUUUGUCAUUGCUAUAUAGUGCAUGCCAUUUGUCUUACUUGCUUUGAGUCAUCAGGAGCUAACUGCUAUGCAACCAUCUUCCUGUUCUUUGUAUUGUAUUCUACGUUGGGUAGAUUGACCUACAGAAGCUGGGAGUCCUGCUAUGAAGCAGGUGAUUAGACUAGUCCCAGGGCAUUAUCUGAGGGCACAUGAUGCAGGACCUUUGCUGAAGUUAAGCAGGUCUGGUCAGUGCCUUUACCGGUGGCUACCUGGGUCAGUGUUGUAUAGGCUGAGAUUGGGGAGACACAGCAUGUGUCAUAAGCUGCCUGCCCACUUCUUGGUUUGAUUGCUACUCCCAGGGAGCAGUGAACUGGAAGCAGAGCAGUAUGGCUUGUUAAGUCAGAUCAGAGACCUCUCCCAUGAAAGCUGAUCUUAGGCCUGUUGUCUUGGGAGCAAGUCUCACUGAAUUUAGUAAGGCCUACUUGCCAGUAAGUAUGCCCACAUGAAGUAACUCACCAUCCAGUCACGUAGGAUUGUGUAAGACCUGCAGGUCCUACCCGAUUGAAAUCAAUGGAAGUUACACAACACUAGUCGCUGAUUGGGUACCAUUUAGGCACACACCACAUUCUGUGGCUUAUUAGGAGUCAUAAAUAUUUUCUCUUAAUGUGUUGUUGGCAACAGUAUUGAGAGCCAUGCCAUUUUAACAAGAAAGUGCUUGUGUAAAUAGUGAAUCACAGCUACUGCGCUGUAGAAUUAUUUUUCACUCUUUACUUUUGUGACAAUUUCCUCUUUGCCUUUUUUCAUUUUUGUUACAUUUCCCAAGUGGUGGUGAAGCAUCCUUGUUUCCUAGAGGAGAAAAGAUGAUAAACCUCUUUUUUUCUCCUCUUCCCCCCUGCCCCACCCCGCUGCUUAAUGGAACGUACUCUUUGUCUGGAUUCGCAUCUGUGUUUGUUGUCGGAUAAUCUUAUCUGAGCAGUUGACAGUUUUGGAGUUGUCUCUUAUUACUAGGUUUGCUCCAGGCACCUCCGGAAUGAUGCACUUGGACUGUAGUUUACUAUCUUCCAAAUGAAUUUUGGCUGCUGUGUUCAUUCUCUUCUAUAAACAAUUCUCUCAGAUGACUUGCAAGUGAACUCCUGCUCAGCAAUUGUGUUAUUGACUUAUUUGUACAUUGAGGGCUCCUUGACCUUCUGCCCCUUCCUCCCCGCGUCCUUUCACAUUGUACCUUUUCCUAGUUAAUAGGGGGAAGAGAAUUGUGCUUCCGAUGUGCUCUUCUUUCAUUGCUAUUCCAAUUAAGAACGAACAGGCACAUGCAGGAAAUGAGUAAAUACUUAAGCAUGUUUAGUGUUGGCGCAGAGAUGUGCUUCUCAGUAUGUUUCGGCUACGUUAUUGGGCAAUUUUGGUAACCUGAGCCCUGUAAUUCCAAAAGGAAGCCAGAUUUAAUAGGGAGCUCUGAGAAUGUGGUGUUUAACAGAGCAAUGAAAGCUGUUAGAUUUACUUUAUGUAACCUCAUAUGUGUGAAACACUUCCAGUAACCUUCAGUUCUCAGUUACUGUCAAGCCAAUCUCUGGGCUUUGUGUUGAUCUAGACACCCAGAGAGAUUAGAUUUGCUUAAGAUCUCUCUGGUUUCAAAAUACAGUAGGGAGUUAGAAUAGUACAUGCUACAGUUAGCCCUCUCCAGCAGUUCCUUUCACUAACAUGGGCUCUUCCUGCCUGCUGGAUCCUCCCUCUCUCUGCUUCCCUCCCAAACUCAAAAUGAUAUGCACUGGUGGGACAUUACUGGCUGCAUUACUGUAAUAUUUUCUUUGGUCCAGCCUUGCGUGUGCUAUUCUCUUAGCACACGAAGAAAUUGCGCAUGCCAGCAGUUGAAUUGCGAGCCAAACUAGCACAUGCUGCAAUUGGUUUCCUCUGCCCGGAGUAGUGUAGCACUACUACUCUUUAUUUUAGCCUUUUACAGCCGAAAGACAGUGUCACAAUCAGAGCUGCUAUAGCACUAUUGCAGCUGUGUGUACUCUCCCCACUUUUCAGCCUUCAAGACAGAAAAUAUCAUAUGGAUGGCAGCAGCUCUAGUGCAGCAUAGAUGAACAAUGACCAUAGUUGACAAGACGUCUGAGUCCUCAAAGCCUUCGGCUUCUGAGAAACAGCCUUUCAGCUCCGUGGCACCAGCUUCUGGAGAAAUGGACUCGGGCUCUGCAGGAUGGGGUGCUGUGUCUUCUUCUUUAGAAGCUCCAAAACACAAAAUAUCUUUGGGGCCAGUGCCAGGAGCUGCAGUGUACUCUAAUUCAUCAGUACCUGAUAAAUCCAAGCCCUCGGCUCAGAAGGAUCUGUCCGCUGUUGGUGACGGCAUUACUGCCCCGCAGAAGGUCCUCUUUCCGGCAGAGAAGAUAUGCUUGAAAUGGCAAAAAACACACAGAGUUGGAGCCGGUCUCCAAAACCUUGGCAACACAUGCUUCCUCAACUCUGCACUGCAAUGUCUGACCUACACCCCACCACUUGCCAACUACAUGCUUUCCCAUGAACACUCCAAAACCUGUCACGAACAAGGAUUUUGCAUGAUGUGCACCAUGCAAGGUCACAUCACCCAGGCGCUUUCAAACUCCGGCAAUGUCAUCAAGCCUAUGCCUGUCAUAAAUGAUCUUAGACGAAUAGCAAAACAUUUCCGUUUUGGCAAUCAGGAAGAUGCACACGAAUUUCUACGGUACACCGUUGAUGCUAUGCAGAAAGCGUGUCUGAAUGGUAGCAACAAAUUGGACAGACAUACCCAAGCUACCACAUUCAUUCAUCAAAUAUUUGGAGGAUACCUAAGAUCUAGAGUAAAAUGUAUGAACUGCAAAGGAGUUUCAGAUACUUUUGAUCCAUACCUAGAUGUUACAUUGGAGAUAAAGUCAGCUCAAAGUGUUAACAAAGCUCUGGAGCAGUUUGUCAAGCCAGAACAGCUGGAUGGUGAAAAUGCCUAUAAAUGUAGCAAGUGUAAAAAAAUGGUUCCUGCAUCAAAGAGGUUUACAAUACAUCGGGCUUCAAACGUACUCACCUUGUCCUUGAAACGGUUCGCAAAUUUCAGUGGUGGCAAAAUUACAAAGGAGGUGAAAUACCCUGAGUAUUUGGACAUUCGGCCAUAUAUGUCCCAGCCAAAUGGAGAGCCAAUUAUUUAUGCAUUGUAUGCAGUUUUGGUACAUACUGGUUUCAGCUGUCAUGCAGGACAUUACUACUGCUAUAUAAAGGCCAGUAACGGGCAGUGGUACCAGAUGAAUGACUCCACCGUCUCAAACAGUGACAUCAGGACUGUAUUGAAUCAACAAGCCUACGUACUUUUUUAUAUCGGGUCCCAUGACAUGAAAAAUGGCGGCGAACACAUUCAUUCCGUUCACACUCCUGGGCAGUCUUCUCCUCGACCUGUUAUCAAUCAGCGGGUGGUCAAUAAGCAGACUGCGCCAGGGUUUAUUGGACCACAACUACCCCCUCACAUGAUUAAGAAUUCGAAUCAUUUGAAUGGAACGGCAUCCCUGAAAGAAACUCCCAGCGGUUCUGUGGCAAUCGCUAGUAACGUCACCCUCACCAGGCCAUCUUCCGCUCCUCCGGCCAUGUCUAUCCCAAACUGGACGAUGAACAGGCCUACCACCGCCGCCACUCCCGACCCUUCCAAGAAGCAAAAAAUAACCAUCAGUAUUCACAACAAGCUGUCCGCUCGCCAAAGUGUCUCUCACGCCAGCUGUACCUUGGACAACCCCAGCAAGCCUGCCCCGUCCUCGACCAUUUCCAGCCCUGCUGCUGUGCAAUCUACCUCAAGCGCACCUGCCGUCUCGGCUCCUAACCAAGUCCCUAAGCAAAUGCCUCCGAGCGAACCUUGCUCCAAGUUGGUAGUGAAUGGCAAGUCCAAGCUGAACCCGAGCACGUUGGUCCCUUACGGGGCAGAAUCUUCUGAAGACUCCGACGAGGAGUCCAAAGGACUGGUGAAAGAGAACGGCCACGCUGCCCCUCUCAACGGCAUUCUAGCUGAAAAUGCAGCCAGCGCAUUGGAGGGCUCUUGUCUGUCGUGUCACAACGCCGAGAAGGAGGCUCCGCAGCACGAAGCGCCGAAAAACAUUACCGUUCUUGUUUCCAUUAGUAUAAAUGAUACCCCUAAACAAAACGGACAGAUAUGCAACGAUUCCACUAGCCAAGCAAAGCCUGCUAAAUCAGCCGAAAACCCGUUCUCCAAAGCAAAUGGGUUGCCUGGGAAAGGUGUGCCUACAGCUUUGCCCCCUGUCCCUGAAGACAGGAUCUUAGACUCUUUCAGAUACAAUCAACUGAAAACCUCAUCAGGGGAAAUAAGCAGUAGUGGAACAGAAAAAACAGACGGCCCUUCUGAAGAGGGAGCCAGUACUCUUCCCAACAACAUCCAGACUCAUUUGGCCCCUUCAGACCCUGAAAUCACCUCUACGACGGAAGACCCCUGUGAAAGGACUGUUGCCGAAACAGAGAGCACGCCUCUUGAGAGUGAUGGGCAGCACGACCCGAAAUCCAGUUCGUUGGGAGCAGAGGAAGACUUCCCUAGGGAAGGUGAUGUGGAGGACCAUCCUGAAAAGAUGAGGGGACCAAAAGAAGGGAAAGCAGCUUGGGAAAAGAGCCCUGAGCCUGUCAGGGGAGCAGCAGAAAAGGGGGUGCAUAGCCCCCUCCUUACAAGGUCCGACGGUGAAUGUAGUUCUCCAAAGCUUGCCACUGUCAACGUGGCAGAAAAAUGCCAAGAAACACAAGACAGUGCGGAACGCUACGAGGAUGUCCCGCCUCCUGAUGAACCUUCCGUUACAAGGCUGGACCCCAUUGGAGGAAGCCAGUGUUUGAAGGACGACGGCAGAUUGGGAGAGAGCAGCAGCAGCAAACAGUUCAUAGGAAAUACAGAAAGGCAAGAGUUGAAAUCCCAUUCGCCCCUUAAGGAAAAAAUAUCCACCUCAAAAAAAAUAGACAAAGAGCACUACCGUUCCAAAAGGAAGCGCUCUGAAAGCGAGGAGGAGGAGGCAGCAGUGGCCCCCCGGGGCCAGCCAGAAGGGCACUACCCCAAGAAGUGGUGCUCCUACAGCAGGGAGCGAGCCAAGCAGGAGCACUACCGGCGAGAAUACUACAAUGCAAACUCUUACAGAUUCCCAUGCAGCCCUGAUCCUGAGAGGGGCAUGGGGAAAUAUCCCUCUUACAGAUCUCGCAGCAGAGGCAAAACGGACCCUGAACGGAGCAGGCAUUGCUACGGGAAAGGGGAGCAGUCAUGGAGCAAGGAGCGGUAUUACCAAGAUGGCCCGAGGAGAUGGGAGAGCUGCAGGCCUUACAGCUACUACUAUUCUUCCCACGGCCCCAGGUACAAUCAAGAUAGGAAAUUCACUCACUGCGAGAGAGACUAUAGCAAAUCAAGUCAUGUUUACAGUAGCCCGUAUAAGUACGACCAUUAUAAAAGCAGGUGGACUCACGACCAGGAAAGGAAGAGGAGGUGCCAGAGCCCCGAGGGGAGCAAGACCCCCCCGGAAAAGAGGUAUAGGAAGCUCUCGCAGAGUGAGUCUCUUGAGGAACAAAGAGGGCGGAAGCACAAGAAGUCGAAGAAGAAGAAGAAGUUGAAAAGCAAACACAGAGAGCGAGAUUCCAGGUACCACCAGGAUUCGGACCCGUCUGUAUCCAGCUCCGAGGCCGAGACUCACAAGCAUAAACAUAAGAAGAAAAAGAAGAAGAAGAAGAAACGCACGAAGAAAGAAGAGCGUGCCGAAACGUCAGCUUCUCGUCUUCCCAAGCCAACCAGCUUGGAAACCAAGAAUCUCAAAGCAUGGGAAAUGACUGAGUCUUCUUCUUCGGAGGCAUAUAGGAAACAGGGCAAGGGCCCUCAGGAUGGAGAGACUGUUUGCCAGAAAACCAAGAGCUUAGAAGGUAGCAACAGAGAGAGCUGCUGCCCACCUACAGAUCGUAACAUCCAGAGUGUCUGCUGGAAGCCAUCCCUCCACAGCCCGCAGUAUAUUUAUAAACCGAAAAGCGAUUAACUCUUUAAUUCAUAAUUGGUGCUUCAGAAAUACUGUACAGAAUUUUACCAUUGAAAGAAACCCUUUUUUUUAGUUUUUACCUUGAGACUUUUUUUUAAAUUACCUGCAAUCCAAAAAAAGAAAAAGAAACAAAAAAAAAUGGAUGGAAACUUUCUACAACUGCUGAACAUCAUAAAAUAUACCCUGUAAAUGUCACAGUAAUUAAUGCCCUGGAAUUAGAACAUCUCAAAUGCUGCUUAGUUACAGACUCAGGUUGAUUGUGUUAUUCAUGUGAUGUUGCUCCAAGUCUACACACCUGGUGCAAAGGGGCGAGGAAACCACAGAAUUAUCAAGCUGCAACUGAUAGUCUCUUAUUUAAUUUAAAGACUUAUUUAAAAAUUUCACAUACAACUAGAAUUUUUGCAAGAGCUUCAUCUGUUUUUUCUGUGAUGUCUGCUACUAGAAACUCGAUCCAUUCCCUCCCACCCCGUCGGAUUCCAGUCUUGGACUAUGUGAAACGUGCCGUUCGGACUCUUUACCAGUUUUUGAAUGUAUCUUGGAACAUGUCUGAAGACCCCUUGCCUGCUGCGGCCACUCCCAUGUAUAGGGCUGUCUCUCUGGGCCCUGCAAUGUCGCCAACCACCUGCCAGCCGGCCAUUUUCAGGGUGUUUGAAUGGCCAGGCUUGUCGUCUCACCCAUGAACUUGUGAAGGCUGGUGCAGAGAUGUCUGCCCCCCUCUCCUUCUGUCUCUCCCACUACACUCUCUCGCUGCGUUUCAGUUUUCCUCCACUGAAGGCUUCUGCCGUUGGCUCUUGUUCACUCUGUGGGGCUUCCUCUUUCCUGUUCUGUGCACUUUCUCUCUCUCUCCUUCCCCUACUCUCCCCCCGCCCCAUGUUUAGCUUCUAUUCCCCUUGUCUCCUGUCUCUUUGCCUCUCCGCCUCUCCUUGAUUCCACUCUUGCAGCUGCCUGUCCCGGGCAUCUGUUCCAUGGCUCUUUCAGGCGCCCACAGAUGACAGCAGUGGCGGCAGCGGGUCCCCCUGCGUCGUUCCGACAACGGCCUGCAGGAGCCAUCCUCAUACAUCCACUAUGUUUUUGUGUUUUACUAUAGCGUUGCUUGUCUUGACGGGGUCUCAGUUGUCUGGUCCUUGUCCCUUCAAAAGUUUCUAGUUACAGACACAUUCAUACUGUGAUUUAAUUUUUUUAUGAUGAAUUGCUAUCAAACUGUGAUACACUUAAUUCACUGGUCCUGCAUCAGGAGACGGAGUGGGGAAGACUGUAUUAAAUACAGUUCAUCUGAAUAAUCUGUCUGGUUUAUACAAGCUGUGUUGUUCAGAGAUGUCUAAAGUUUGAUCUUUUGUUUUUUUAAAGAUAAAGCACUUGCCCCACUUGUAAAUAUAUGGCAUGUAAAAUUUAUAUAGUAUAUAAAUACAACAAGUCAAAACAAUGUUGCUCAAUGUA